UAACAACAGCCAGGUCGGUUGGGUACCACCGCCCCGCCCUAGAGCAGGAUAUGCCACUGUGUUCUAGGUCCGGUUUAGCAUGCAUGCUCCGAGACCCCGUAACGACUGAAAUGUUUCCUUGUGGUGUGACAGGAGGCCCGGCCCUCUCACGCUCCCUCCACUUGUGUGAGGCGUCAUACUAUCGUGAACCACUACGCAAAUUGGUAUUCUUACUGAAGAUGGCUGCAAGUACAAGAAUGGAGGGAGGCAGCAAGACUUCAUCUACAGUUCUUGCGAUGGUGAUACUUUUAUGUGGUUUUCCUCUGAGUGGCUGUGAAGAACCAACUGUUUCUGCUGAUCCUACUGUUGGUAAUGUAUCUGAGGAAGUACAAGCAGAGACUGAGCCCUUAAAAAGUACUGUGAAAAUAGAUUCUGCUGAGGGAAACAAAACUGGUCUUAGUCCUACUGUCCUUAAGGAAAAUGAUACAUUACUGAAUGAGACCAGGGUACAUCAGCAAGCAAGUGCCACCAAAGGAAAAAGUAGUGCAUCUUUACAAAAUUCACUUCUGACUUUGUCAUCUUCUGUUGUUGAUAGUACUGUUACAACUGUAAGAGCUGGUAAAACAGAAAGUGAGAAGCCCAGCUCUAAGAACUCUGAAGAAGACAAGAUACUGCUAAGCACUGUAGCUGAAACCGAGUUUAAUAACAUGUUAGACAGUGUGGAUGAGCCAGUAAAUGCUGCACCACCAUCUGAUGAAGAAACUAAUGCAGAUGAUGAGUAUUCUGAUGAUUCUAAUUAUGAAGAACAUGAACCUGCAGAGGAAGAAGAUAUAGGGCCUGACUUUGCUGAAGAUGGACAAGAGGAUGUGGUAAAUACCAGGAAAGAUCAGUCCCUGAAUGCUGAUACAGACUUCAGGGAAGAUGCAGUUACAGUUUCGGGGACUGAAAAUGGGCACUUCUUUUUUCAUUUAGUUAUUAUUGCUUUUCUGGUUGCUGUCAUUUACAUCACGUACCAUAACAAGCGAAAGAUCUUUUUGCUAGUUCAGAGCAGAAGAUGGAGAGAUGGACUUUGUUCUAAACAAGUGCAGUACCACCGGCUGGACCAAAAUGUGAAUGAAGCCAUGCCUUCACUCAAAAUCACUAAUGAAUAUAUUUUCUGAAGAAAAAAAGGCACCGUUAGUACAUUUUAUACAAUCAUGAGCAGUUUCUUUACAUUCAAAAAUGAUGUCCUUUGGUUAUUGGUGUUUCCUUUUUAUAAUGAAGUAAAUAUUGAAAGGUUUGAAAAUGAGCAUUUUUGUACUUGUGUGUUAACAGCUGCAUUCACAUGUUGUCAGGCUCUUGAGUUUAUUUGAAAUUUCCAGACCUGAAGGCAAAGCAGGUACAGUGUGCUUUUUGAUAUGACAAGAAAUUAAAUAAACUGAAGGAAAAGUCCUUAUCAUAUAAACUAUAUGUAAAAACUAUUUUGAAAAAAAAGGUGAGGCUCUCCUUGUAUGUUUACUUUAUGGGGUAGGCAGUGCCAAAAAUGUUACUUAUUCUUAUAUAUAUAUAUUUUUUAGUUUUUGGUUGCUUAAGUAUCAAACCAAUAUUUGUUGGCAAUAUUUCAUUCCACUUAUUUCAUCCUAACUGGUCAUCAUCUUUAGGUGGUAGCCCUUUCCAGAGGGACUGAUAUUGUCUUGUUUAGAACAAUAGAUUUUCCUCCCAUCAUCGGCUGAUAAAGCUGCCACACAAUUCCUGGCAAAUAGUGAUAAUGAUCUCAGAGAACUAAUUGGUUCUUACAACCAGGUGGCGAAUGCCCUUUAUGAAUUAAUUUUUCCUUGGGAUAUUCUUAAAGAUUUUUGAAUUGAUUUUGACAAGGUUGUAUGUAUAAUUGCAGUGUCAGAAAUUUUUAGUCUGUUUUAUUUGAAAUCUGUUUAUUUGAAAUCUGUUCCUGAUCUUUGCACAUGAAGGUUUCUAUCAUCAGGUAAACUCCCUUUUGUCUCUACCAUUCAAUCUUAUAUUACAGGCUUCUGCAGUUGGCCUUAGGGGGAACUCCUUGUCAUGAAUAUGCAGCAGUCUUUUAAACAUAGUUGUAUGAAUGUGUAAGCCAGAGUAAUGCUGAGCUGUCAUGUGUUUUUUUUUUUCAUAUUUAAUUUAGAAAUGACAGCUCGUUGUGAUCCAUAUUACCUUCAAAUUUUGGUAGCUUUUGAAAGCAUGAAUUCCUUCCAAACGUAUUUUUUGAAUUUAUUACGGCCUUUCAAAAUGUCUUAUUUUUCUUUAGAUCUAUUCAAGUCUGAGUUUUAUAUUUUGCUACUGGCUCGAUAAUCUGUUCAAUGGUCUUGCAAACAACUGGAAUAUGAGCCAUUGGAAAUACUUAAGAUUUCCAGUUUAAAUUCUUACUUCUUUCAUCUGUAUUGUUUUUGAAUGUAGUGGCGUGCCCUGAUGAACUGUGAUCAGAAUGGGAGUGCGGCAUACUUACCCUGCUUGUUUCAUUGUGAAAGUGGCUGUUGAAAUUGCCUUACAACCUUUGCCAGCUUUACUGUGUUUUUAAUGUGAGAUAAGUAAAGUUGUGGAUAGGAUGGUUUCCUUCAAAAACCUCUUUCCUAGAGGUUAGUGGCAGAGAUUGACCUAUGAAAUAAGCUGCUAAUUGUGGACCAGGAUGUUAGCUGAUGUCAUUGCUGUUGUCAAAUAUCAUUAAUUUCCUGUAGAGCUUUGGUUUGUUAAAAUGAUAACUUGGGCUCAAGGAGAGAGAAUUGCUAUUUGUCAUGUACUGCAUGGCAACUCACUUAUCCAUUCAAGGAAACUGUCUCUACUCCUAGAAAAAAUCUGGAUGAAGGACUGCUCCCCUCCCAUUUAAAAGGCUUUGGUGCAAAUAAGAUGCACAUUCAUGGAGACAAAAUCAGUGUGGAUCUUCACAGCUGUACUUAAACAGGCUUUAGAUGCUACUGGCGACUAGCACUUAUCUUGUUCAUACACUGACAUUUCUUCGUUUAUAACAUCACAAACAGUCUUGAUAGCUUCUGGUUGGUUCUUUAUUCUGGGUGUGUUUUCAUUUUUUCUUGGAGGAUGAGAUGUUUGUAGAAGAGUCACACUGUAUACAUUGUUUCAUAGAAAACAUCACAGCAACAAAGGUAAAAGUAACACUUUGCUUAGUAAAAGACGCUAAUUUCAUUUCACUGGCUCUUCAGUCUUCUGUCAGCUUUUAACCAUAAAACUUUGAAAUUGCAGUCAUAACUCUCAACUGUGCCUGACUUUCAAGGAUGUUCCUCAGUCUAGCUCAGAAGCUUGAUCUAUUCCUCAUUUUUUCUUUUUUUUUCUUUGAGAAAAUGUAGGCAGCACAGUGGGGCAGUUGACACUAUUUUUGUCUUACAGCAAGAGGUUCUCCAGUUUGUUACUCUUCCUGGUUGCCUUUUGUGCAGACACUGCAUAUCUUUUCUGUUUGUGUGGGUUUUCUUUGAGUGCUAUGGCUUCUUCCUCAUUCCAUAGGCAUGCAGUAGUUGAAUUGGACACACUAAAUUUGCCAUAGGUGUGUGUGUGUGUGUGUUCCUACAAGUGUGUGGUAUGGACGAAACUGCAGAACUAGCCACCUGGCGGUCUUAUCGCUGUUGAUGUGACAUCUCGAACCUCUGUGUAAAAAUGGGAAAAAUUGGUUUUGAAUGGCUGACUGGAUGGAUGUGAUGAUUUACAGUCAAUAAAUGGCAGUCAUUUAAGACACAGACUUGUUUUACUUCAGAAAAUGCAUGUCAAUUACAAAGUGCUUGUGUUCUUAUUGAAAGUAGUACUGGUAUUUUGACAUUUUUUAGAACUGUGUUUCCGAUUCUCAGAGGUGGAGGACUAUGAAUGAAACUAAGUACGUACUGCAAAGAUGAGGAUUCUUCUUGAGUGCAAGUUACUGCCAGACUGUUAAGUGCUUCUCCUUUGUAAGUUAUUCAUGUUUUUUUCCUGUCAGAUUUUUUUUUUCUGUCAGUAUGCCGCUGUAGUUCUGGUAAGCUGCGGAGCCACAUUUAUUAAAAUACUGGAUGAGCAUAACAUGGUCAACCCAAAGGAACUAUGAAGCAUAGGUGUCAUCAGAAGUUAUUUUGAUGCAAGCCUCAAAAGUAUUAGGACAGAUUUUAUGAAUGAGGAGUUACCAGAAGUUGAAAUUGUUAAAGGGCAUCAAGCUAGUAUCAGUUAAAAGGGGCUCUGGGAAAUGACUAAGUUAGGUCUAGUAUCAUCCAGCAGUAUAUAUUCUUGUUUUAUAGCACUGUUGUCUGUACAGCCCAAUACAAAACUUUGGCAUAAGCAAAAACUGCACAUAGGAUGCCUGUCAUUCGUUUUUCUUUACACAGCACACUAGUUCCAUUCCUUAUCAGUAUUUUACAUGUGCAACUAUAUUUAACUCCAGUGUAGUAGUCCAUUUGGUUUCUCUGUAACUGUUUAUUAGAAGUUGGUAAACUUUACAAAUGUUUUACUUGGUGACAAAGCAAAAGAAAAUAUCUUUACUUAAUCUCAGUGUGGUAUUAAAAUGGAAGAUUGAUGUGUGCUGUAUUACUACCAAAUGCAUUGCCUUGGUAACAUAAAAUAAUUUUAGCAGAUUCUCAGCAUUGUCAGAGUUUCUGCCUGGCCUGAGAUUCUUUUUAAAGUUACCAAUUAGUUUUAAUUUGUUUACUCUAACUUAGUCACAUCAUGGUUGCAAAAAUUGCGAGAGCUCAUUGCUGAUAUAGC